UGUAUAAUUCUGUUAAAGAUGUUAAUGAGUCUACCUUUCUUAAGCAAUUGGAAAAUUAUGGUCAGGUGUUCAUUCACUCAUUUCCUCAACUAACGUCUUAAAGAAAACUAAUAGAGAUUUCACUGUGUCAAUAUGGUGCUAUGGGCAACAGUUUGUCUAGGCAGUAAAUUGGCUGCUUCCAUGAAUAUUUUUCGUGGAGUUGGCUAUGCCCAUUGUCAAGCAAUUGUUUCUUCUGGAAUCUCUUAUAAAACAGGUAGGACAGAUGAAGAGGUGUGAUAGCUAUCUAGUUUGUGCUGGUAGCAUACUUUCUUUGCUAUAUGCUUCAAAAUUUGCAUGGCGGAUUUAACUAUGUGACUCCUUCCAGUUACAAGUAAGAUUCAAGAAAGUUAUUUUUCCCCCAGUUUUAAUGGUUCCGUAAGUUGUAACAUUCUUUCUGGUUGUUAAUGCGGCAUCUAAAAAUUAUAUGAAACUAUCUUGUAUCCAGAGUUAGAACAAGAAGAAAAACCAUCCAACAGUGGCGGCUAUCAUGCUAUUGCAUUCUCUUAUGGAAAUACUGGUGAUUUUGCUGAUCAAAAGAAUACAGAUAUUGAGAUGGAAGCCAGAGGGUAUCUCCCUCCAUUCUCUGUUCCUGGGGACAUUGUCCAAAGCUUGAUUUUCAGAUGCUUGGAGCAGGGAUGCAAUUCUUGUGCUCUUAAGUUUGCCGUACACAGGCACCUUCUGUCCCUUUGAUGUCAUGACAAAGGGCUGUGCAGGUGGGAUUAGGAAAAUAGAAGUUUCUUUGAGGAGUGUCAGUUUACUAAUUCCGAUGACGAGUGAUGUGCGACACAGCUAGUGCCGUGCCUUCAGUUUAUCGUUGUUAUAUUGAGAUUAUUAUCGUCGCUCUUUAUAAUUUUUAAUCUUGCAGUUUAAUUUGUUUGCUUCUUUUUGGUUUUCUGAUGUUUUGGAACUUCUCGCUUCUAAUAAGUAUUCCUUCUUUUGUCUUUGCUUUUUUGCCUCCUUUUUGCAGCCUCCAACAGAAAAAAUACAUCAGAUAAUUGCAAGAACCGCCAUUUUUGUGAGCAAACAUGGUGGGCAAUCAGAGAUCAUUCUGCGGGUGAAACAAGGGGACAACCCAACAUUUGGAUUCUUGAUGCCUGAUCAUCAUCUUCAUACAUACUUCAGAUAUCUUGUUGAGCACCCAGAACUUUUGCAUCCUGAAAUUGACGAAAAAUCUCAAGAUGAGAGGAAAAUGGUUGGUACUGAGCACAAAGAUUCUGGUAAUAUUGGAGGAGCUUUGUCUUUGCUCGGGUCUGUGUAUGGGUCUGGUGAGGAUGAGGAUGGUGAUGAUGCUGUUAAUGCUUCUCCCUCUCAAGACGCAAAAAACAAAGAAUCUGUGGAAACUGCUGCUAAGGAUGAGUCAAUAUCUGGGAAAUCAAUCCUAUCUAAAAAGGAUAAGGUUCCUGCAGUCAAGAAGAACACUUCAAUCAUAGGUUCCAAACAUAAAAGUGUAAAAGGGAUUAAGAAGGAAGAUAGUUCUGGCUUGUUUUCUGCUAAAGACGAGAAAUUAAGGAAUCAUGGUAUUGGAGCCACUUCAAAACCAAUUCUAGAGCCUCCUCCUGAAUUAAAAAGAAUGGUUGAUAAGCUUGUGGAAUUUGUUAUGAGAAAUGGGAGGCAGUUUGAGGCAACACUACUUGAGCAAGAUAGUAAGCUUGAGCGAUUUCCUUUCCUUCUUUCAUCCAAUCAGUAUCAUCCCUACUACUUAAAAGCCCUCGAGGCAGCUCAGGAGUCAAAAGUAAAUGGCAAGAGCCUCUAUCCAGGACAGGAAGAUCUAGGCGGACGUGGGAUUAGCAGAAAAGCUUCUAUGCUCAAAGAAAACGAAAAUUCACACUCCACUUCUGAUCUCUGUGAUGUGCCAUUUGAAUCUGAUAGGAAAGAGAAGUUCAAGAUGGUAAUUGGCAAAUCAAAGAAAGAUGCACAAGAGACAGAGAUAGAAUCCCAAGAAUGUGGAUUCACUGUAGAUGCAGCUGCAGCAGCUGCUAUCCUUCAGGCUGCCACAAAAGGAAUUAAGAGCUCUGGUUUGCGAUACAUCACUAACACUGCCUCAAAUUCGCAUACUAAUGCUAUUAGAAAUGAGGAGGGGCAGCCUGCAAAUUCAGGCAGUUUUCAGCCCUUGCUACCAUUUAGUACGGGUGAAAAGUCUGAUCAAAGUGGAAGUUGCAAUCUCUCUGCAAUGUUGCCAAAGACAAUUGCUGGAACAGCUUCUCAUGAAGUUGCAGGAGGGGAUGAUUCUUCUAAUGCAAACCUGACAGAAGAGCAGAAGCUGAAAGCCGAGAGGCUCAAAAGGGCUAAAAUGUUUGUGGCUAUGUUGAAAAGUGGAGCAUUCCCCUCUAGAACAGAAGCAUCAAGGGGAUCAUCAGCAGAACCUGUAGUAGAACCUGGAGUGUUGAAACCUGCUGCUGAGGUUCGUUGUGCUAGCCAAGAAAGAGUGGGCAUCUUCACUGCUGCAGUUGUUAACAAGUCUGCUCUCGAGGGUAACUUCGGUGAGAGGCAAAGUGAGCGACAAUCAAAAAGAAAGUAUCGCUCGAAAUCUAUUGGAAGCGAGGAUGACGAAGACGAUAGUGGCAGAGAGGGUGACCUGAUCAGGAAGCGUAGAUCCAGAUCCAGGAGGCCCGAGGAUGAUGAAAACGAAAAUGCAAGGAAGAAGGAGUACAGCCAGGAAAAUGAAGGAGAAAGUAGUGAAGAGAACAAGGACCAUAAGCACAAUAAAUCAUUGCGCUCAUCACAUCGUUCACAAGGAGAUGACAAUGAGUAUGAAGGCAUAUGUAUAGAGGAAAGAGAAGCCAAGGACAGUGAGGAUCACUCAGAAAGAAAAUAUAGAUCAAGAUCAAGAAGCCAAAAGGAGGAUGGAGAAGUUGGAAAUGCAGUAAGAAAGGAUCAAAAGCACUGUGGGAGAAAGCGCAGGUCUCACUCUUCUUCAGAGGAAAGCGAGAAUGGAGAAGAAAGUGAUGAAGAUGCGGAGCACAAGCACUAUAAAUCAAAACACCGCUCUCGCCGUUCGCAGCGUGAUGAUAAUGAGCGUGAAGGCGCAUAUAAAGAGGAAAGAGAUAACAAAAGGAAUUACGGAUCAAGGUCCAGAAGGCACGAGGGCUACAGUAAAACUGAAAAUGCAGUAGAGAAGGAGGAUAGGAACUAUAGCAGAAAGCACUCGUUUCAUUUCUCUUCCGAGGAAAAUGGAGGCGAAUGUAGUGGAGGUGAAAUGGAGGAUCAGCGCUCUAAGUCUUCUCAUUCAAAGCACAAGAAUGUUGGUCGUGAAGACGUAUAUAAAGAGGAAAAGGAUCGUAAACGAUCAAGAAAGAGUCGCCGUUCAAGUGAAAGCCCCAGCAGACAUUCUUCUGAGCGGCGCAAGAAGCACCGUUCUGGCCACACUUCACAUCAUAGCAGGGACAAGCACAGACACAGGCACGGCAAAGACAGAGAAUCUCAUCACCGCCAAAAGUAUGAUAGCUCUUCGGACAAUGAACGUCAGCGUCGUGCUGAUGUGAGAGACGAACUGGAGGAGGGAGAGAUCAGCUCGAAGGAUGAGUCCAAGGGAAUUGUCAGUGGUGAUGGAAAAAGACAAAUGUCCGUCCACGGCAAAAGCGGUACGUCGGUUGAUGUAGCGAGUUCCGAGCAGAGGGCUCCAUCUCUACACUCUGAAACUACGGAGGUACCCGCUGAUCUAAGGGCCAAAAUUCGUGCAAUGUUGAUGGCGACAAGGUCAUAGCUGUAGCACAAGUUGGUGCAAAGUGUAGUUAAUUGUAACCUUUUGUAAAAGCUAUUAGACUGGGUAAUAUGGUGUAUCAGGCUCCUUAAACUGUUACAUUCAGCAUUUUUAAAGGUUUUAAAAUGUUAUUGCUGUUUCGAGAUA